AUGACAGAUCAAGACUUUAACUACGCAACUACAAUCUUAACGUCUAAGACGCCGGUCCAGGCUGCAGCUAUUAUCCCUAAUGUUCUUACUGGAUCUACAGGUGUGAAUAAAGAUUUGAUUGCUUGGUUCAGGCAGUAUAGUACCACGUUGGAGAAAUACAAUCACGGAUUGCAGGCAUUGAUUGAUGAUGCAAACAAGAUUUCUCAACGCAGUAGUAUUGGAUUCAACAAUUUUCCUCGUAAUUGGAAUUGUUUGCUCAAUGCUAUCAAGACUGAACAUGAAAAUAAUGAAAUUGCUAAUAAGAAUAUCAAAUUGGAAAUCAUUAAUCCAUUAAGACAAUUGAUUGAAAAAGACGUAAGAGUUUCGGAGUUGAUUGUCAAUGGUCAAGAACUUCAAGAGAUUAGUAGUAAUUUGGACCGUGAUGGAGAAAUGCAAUGGAAUUAUAAAGCGCCACAAACAUUCCAAAACUUGGAAGACUUUAAAAAAUUGGAAGUGCAAUUGAUGUUUGAUAUUAUUUUGAAUUUUUUCCAAAUUAAUAAUGGGAAGUUUUCUUCUGAUUUGAAGAACAAUGAAAAUUCAACCAAUUACUUGUUGGGUAGCUUCAAGUUUGAUACGGAGAUGAAGAGUCAAUUGGACUAUUUGGUCUCAACACAGUUUGCUUCUCCUCCAAGCCAUAAUGGUCACGGAGCCCCACCUCCACCACACCAUCAUCUUAAGAACAAGCGUUUAAGUUCAUUUGGUAGAUCAUCCACUGCACCUGUUCCUACAACUCCACUGGCAGAAUCUCCCAAGAAACCAUCCAAACUAAAAUCAAGAGUGGGAUCUAUUUUUGGUAGAAAGAAAAAGAAGGAAAGCAAAUUUACAGGUGGAGAAAUCAUCCCUGAAGAUGGAUCAGUUUCUGAAGUGUCUUUACCUCCAACAAGAACAAGAACAUCGUCAUUGUUGUCACGUAAUACAUCCACCAGAAGGUCAUUUGCUGCUGGUGCACACGGUACAGAAGAAAGAGACGCCCACCCAUACCAAAAACAAGUUGAAGAACCAGCAACUCCUUCUCCUCCUCCACCUCCACCACAACCUCCUGUUGAAUCAAAGAAAGAACAAUUGCCUUCUAAACCGUUACCAGAACCAGUUGAGUCUCCAAAUGUGGUAAAGUAUAAUGACACUGAUGAUUCAUCUACUGAAGAACGCCGAGGUUCAUUGCUUCAGAAGCAUGAUUUAGUAACGCCUCCUGUGACUUCGCCAUUCAAUUCACAAGCGCCUGCUCCAACGACAUUGAUUCCGGGUUCAAGACAUAGCAGUGAUGGCAUCUAUUCGUUUGAGGCAGGAGAUGAUGCUAAACCAAUUGUCACCACUCCAAGAACAGAACAAAAUGGGUUCAAUGUAGCUUUACCUGAUCCAAACUUGUCUCCUGAAAAAUCGCUUGCACCUCCACCACCACCAUCAAGAAAAGUGUUGCAUCAUGAAGAGCCUUCUGUUAGAGACUCAGCCGUGUUCCACAACUUGCCUGCUGCUGCUACUACUACUAGCAGUACUACUUCUGGUCGAGACUCGAUUAUUGCUCCGCUCGUUAGUCAAGAUACUGGUCAUACAUUAAUGAAGAAUGAUUUCAAGCACCAGAAUUUAGCUGCUACCUCUGGAUUGAGUUCAUCUAUUGCCGAAGUGAUCAAUGUGAGUUUCAAAGAUGGUCAAUUACAGAAAUCACAGGUUGUGGGAGAAAUUGCGUUUAAUUACAAUGGUAAUCCGUCUGAACCAAUCUUGGUGAAUAUUCCAAACAAGUUUGACAAAAUUCUUGUCAACAAGACGUUUAUGGAAGAUUUAGGUGAAGGUGAUUAUAGAAUCAAUCCUGGUGCCAUCACUGCAAAGACUCUUGGUGGGUUGAAGUAUCUUGUCAAGCCAACAGAAGUACCGAUUAUAAUCCAACAAAUUUGGAAGUUUGAGCCACAUCAAUCAAGUUUGAUGAUAAGUAUUCGUUCCACCACUCCUUUGACAUUGGAGAAUUUUGUUGUUUCUGUUGCGUUAAAUAGAGAUAUCCAGGCUACUUCGGCAUCUUCUAAGCCACAAGGUACAUUUAAUGAAGAAAAGAACAGAAUUACCUGGAGAUACACCGAACCACUCAAUUUGAAUGGAGAAGAACGACUCAUUGCUAGAUUUAUGACCAAUGGUCUUGGUUCUGAACAUGAGUCUGGUGUUCAAAUAAAAUUCCAAGUUAGGGACCCACCUUUUAAGUAUGCCAGUAUCUAUGCUGGUGAUCAAGAGAUUCCUACUUUUAGAAAUAUUGUUUCCGGAAGCUACAGUGGACAUUCCUAA